CAUUUCUUCGCUUUGUUGGAAGAAGUGAGCUCGGGAGGAUGUCAGGACGAGGCAAAGGCGGGAAGGGCCUGGGCAAAGGGGGCGCCAAGCGUCACCGGAAGGUGCUCCGGGACAACAUCCAGGGGAUCACCAAGCCGGCCAUCCGGCGCCUGGCCCGCCGCGGGGGCGUGAAGCGGAUCUCGGGGCUGAUCUACGAGGAGACGCGGGGGGUGCUCAAGGUCUUCCUGGAGAACGUCAUCCGCGACGCCGUCACUUACACGGAGCACGCCAAGCGCAAGACCGUCACCGCCAUGGACGUCGUCUACGCCCUCAAGAGGCAGGGACGCACCCUCUACGGCUUCGGGGGCUGAGCGCCCAGCCCCAAGAAAGACCCCCCUGGUCACCACCAACAACACCCAAAGGCCCUUUUCAGGGCCACCCACUGGCUCACUCAAAAGGCUGAACUUGCAUUUCGUUUGUUAUUAUUUGGCAAGAUUUGAUUCAGGGGAGGUUUAGCCUUUGCCUUCACCUGAGGAGGCUGAGAGAGUGUGGCUUGCCCAAGGUGAGUUCCCAUGGCUGAGUUAGGGAUUCGAACCCAGGUCUCCCGAGU